AUGAGAUACAGAGUCUACUCCCUGAUCUACAAUGCCGUCCUCAACUCUGCCAGACCAACACUUUCCAUCAAUAUCUUUCCAAGGAAGGUUGUCGUCACAGACCCUUCGAUGGAAAGCACCCUGUCCCGGCAUACCUCGGAGACGAGCCUUGCCAACGUCAUGUUCCUCAUUGGCCGCCGCGUGUUCGGCUUGAGUGAUGGAACGAUUAAUGCAAUUGGCUCAUACGAUCCUCGUCCCGUCCAUGUUGGCGAAUUCUCCUCUGCGAGCAACGUUAGGGCUCUGCUUGCGCAGGUAUCUGCCACUGCAAACCAGAAGCUGCAGUGCCAGCCUGAUGUUCAAGAAACUGAGCUUGGACCUUGGCUGUUCAAGCUGACUAGCUCGUCGGUGGCGAGUGCCCUCUGGGGCCCGGAGAGCCCAUGGGUUGUGGACGAAGAGUUUCAGACCCAAUUCAUGGAAAUCAGCGGCUCGCAAAUGACCCUUUUGAGGCCGUUCUCGAAAUACACGGCCCAGGCAGCCCACAAGGCCCGAGCUUUCAUCAUUGACAGGCUGAGGUCAUUCCACUUCAAGAACAGAGAUUCCAGGCUCCGCCAAAUCGCCCACCGAAUCAACGCCGUCGUCCUGUCCGACCCGGACUGGGAAUCCAACAAAGACUACUUCAAUGUUGAGCUUCUUACCUCGCUCGGACUUCUUGUUACACCAAGCAGCAUGGCCGUCUGGAUGAUCCGUCAUCUCUUGUUGCGUCCGGAUCUAUUUGACAGAGUUGUCAAGGAAGCGCGUGAUCCCAAGAAUCUCGACGCAGAAGGCAACAUCGAUGUUGCCCGCAUCCGAGAGUCAUUCCCCUUCUUGGCAGCCUGCUUGUACGAGACGUUGAGACUACACAUGACGGCGAUUCCACGCCUGGCAAAAGCCGAUUUUGACAUUGCGGUGCCAAACUCACAACCGAUCCAUCUCAUGUCGGGAGAUCUCAUUUACCUUGCCAUGUCUUCGUUCAACAGAGACGCAGCAACAUGGGGCUCCGACGCCAACAUCUUCUCUCCCGAAAAGUUCCUAACCAACUCUGGCAGCCUCUCCGCCUCCAUGGUUCGAAAGCUGCGAGUCUUUGGCGUAGCUGGAAACUUGUGCCCCGGAAGGAAGCUUGGCUUCGAGACUAUCCUGUUUGUCGUGGCCAAUCUGCUUCGCGACUUUGAUAUUGAGAACCCUAGAGAGGGUGAGGCUUAUCCAGAGCCAAGGACUGAAGAUGGGUUCGGCAUUGGCUUUGAGCGAUGCUCCAACGAGAUUACAGUGAGACUCAGGCGAGUAUAG